AAAGUUUGUUAUUCCUAAUGUUAAUCAAUAUAAAAAGUAAAUUAGAACACUAGAUUAUUUUUAUGUCUCUAUUAUUUUUUACUUUAACAAAAAUAACUUACCAACAAAGCUUUUUCUUGGCUGGAAAUUGGAAUGUCAAUUUAGUUCGCAAUCGUACGUAGUUUCUUAGAACUUUGUAUUGUCCAGAAAGCAGUUUGAGAUCUCAACCUUUCCUCAUGUAAGAACCUUUCCAUCCCCGGUAUCAUCCUAGUAGCCCUCCACAGAGCACUUUCCAACAAAUGAAUGUACUUUCAAAGCCAGCAAAUGAAAGGACAAGGAAACUUGGGUUCUAAUGGAUCGAGAAAUUUGAACAAAGAUGGAGAAUUUGAUACGUGGAAAAAUCAGCCUCACCAGGCUUACAACUCUUCAGUGUCAAACUCAAACAUGGGGGAUCCCUACCCUUGUAUGUCUAGUUACUAUGCUACCAUGUCAUUUCCAUAUGUCAAUCAAAGCAACAUAGGAGAAGCUGCAUGGAGUAAUGGUUCCGACCCAGUGACAGUUCUUGGUGGAUAUGGUGGCCAGCUUGGAGCUGGAGACCAACAUGCUCCUUACAUGGAUGGAAUGUUUGGACAGAGCAGUUUCCCAGGUUAUGGUCAGGGAUUUAAUUUUCUACAUGGAAGUGAUAGUGAUUUCUCAACGUGGGGAAGUUCUGGAGGGGUAGGCCGUAAAUGUGUGGGCCAAGAUUACCCAGAUGACUUUAAUCAGAAGUACUAUGAACAGAACAGAGAUCAGGCUUCCAUUAGAAAACUAGAACAGGGGAUGAGCAACCUCGUGGUAAGAGAUGUAAACGUUGAUACCCCGUUCACAGACCCAUACUUGGCUUCUGUUGGCAGUGAUGUUCAUCUGGGGAGACGAGGUGGGAGUUUUUUUAAUUCAUGUGGUCCAGCACAUCUAGUUGGUUAUAAAAAAAUGUCCUGGGCAUCAGUUGCUAGCCAACCUGCUAAAUCUAUGUCUAAAAUGAAAUUAAAAGCAGCACCUGCAGCACCACUAUUCUCCAGUAAGCAAGGCUCUUCCAGUAUGGAUAUUGGUACUUGGGAGAGUAAGAAUGGUAGUGGAAGAAUGGGUCCUCCUACUCAAAUAAGGUCAUCACUAUGGGGAGGACAAAGAGGUGGAAGACCAAAUGGUUCUUUAGAUCAACCAUACAACAAUUCUUUUCAGUCCCCACCCCUUCAGAUCGUUCCACUGGAUCAGCCUUCAGUUGGACCUGAUGGCUUUCCAUCUCACCCUGUCCUCGAUAAACUGCGAAUGGAAAAUAACUAUAAUCCAAAAGAUUUUGACUUGAAUCCUAAAUCUGCAAGAUUCUUUAUUAUCAAGUCAUUUUCAGAAGAUGACAUUCACCGAUCAAUCAAGUACUCUAUCUGGUGUUCCACUGAACACGGUAACAAGAGAUUAGAUGCAGCGUAUAGGGAACGAGAGGGUAAAGGGCCAGUUUAUCUGUUCUUUAGUGUCAAUGGUUCUGGACAUUUCUGUGGAAUGACUCAGAUGAUGUCUGCAGUAGAUUAUAGUACCUCAGCUGGUGUCUGGGCUCAGGAUAAAUGGAAGGGACGUUUUAAGGUCAAGUGGAUCUAUGUAAAAGAUGUGCCGAACUCUCAACUUCGUCGCAUCCGCUUAGAAAAUAAUGAAAACAAACCCGUCACAAACUCUCGUGACACACAGGAAGUGCCAGCAGAAAAAGGAAAACAAGUUCUGAAAAUUAUACAUAAUUAUCGGCACAGCACUUCCAUAUUUGAUGAUUUCCUCCAUUACGAGAAACGGCAAGAAGAGGAUGAACAAAGAAAAUCGCAGCCCAAAGGAAGAUCAGAUCAAGGAGAUAACUAGCCUGACCAGUAGAUAAUUUAGAAUGGACUUUACUAUGAUAAUGACUUGAGUCAUAGGAUUCUGAACUUCUCUUUUCUUUGCUGCUGCUACUAUUGCUGAGUGUAUGUAUAUGAAGUAGUACAGCUAUAUUGUAGGUGAUUCAAUAUGCAGACAAACUUAAUCCCUUGGCUUGAAGUUUUUUUUUUAACACAGUUUGGUGAUUGGGUAUAUAUUUUUUGCCUUUCAUUUGUAGUUUGAUCUGGCUGAAGGAUAAAGAAGCCAGUGUUGGAAGAAGAAAAACUGAUUUUGGUGUAUAAUUGUCAUGACUUUCAGUUAAUUAAAUGGCUGUUUUCUUUCUAUGGGUAAGCUUUAAGAACCAGCAUUAUCAUGAUGAUUGAUCAGAAAUCUGUAACAACCCCAGUAGAAGCAAAGAAGACUGUCUCAUGAACCACUGGUCACUAAUAACUUAACAAAACCUAUUUUUUAGUGGACUAAUAUAAAAGGACAGAGAACAAAGGUGCCUGUUAUUUUGUGCUUGCAUUGAUAAUGUUUAUGCAAAACUGAACUAAGAAAAUGAACUUCAUCUUUUUCUUUGUAAAUCUCUGUCAUCAGCUUAAUGCUGUUGAGUGUCAAGCCUAGCAGUCUGGACUACAGUGCAACUCAAAUGAUGACUGGAUGGAGGAUGUGAUAAUACUUGAACAUCUUGCCAAAAAUGCAUGGAGAGGCAAAUCUCGUGUGUUUUCUGUAGAAUAAAACUAUUUUACAACAAUAAAAUUAGCAGAAGUUUUUUAUACAAAACAAAAGGUACAGUAGGUUAUUGAUAGCACUUUUAAACAGGAAAUCUAAUUGUUUGACAUGCUAAAAGUUUAAAGUUUCAGUUUUAAUGCAAGGAUAAAAGCAAGUUGUGAUUUGUCAACCUUAAUUUGUUAAUAUGAAAUUACAGUUAUGUUCUGGGGAAUAAUUCAUAGAAACAAUUAACUGAAAUGAAUGUUUUCAUAGUGAAGAUGCUACUUGUAACUCUUAGAAUCUAAAGGUGGAUCCAUAUUUAAUUUAUGCCUUGGUUAAAAUCAAUUUAACAAAGUUUACAAGUAUUCUAAUUAUGGAAUAAGGUGUGUAUUGUUCAGCAUUCUGCUAUAUUUAGAACAAUUAACAGAAAAUUUAAAAGAGUUUUAAGUUUAGUUUAUAGAAGUCCUGAAUUACCAAAUCUAGUGUUAUACUCAUCAUUUAUGUCUUUUUAUUAUUAUUUCACAGAAAUUUUAAAAACAUCAGAAAGCUGACAAAUUAAAUUUCUUACUGAACUUUAUUAUAAUCUAGAUGUAAAAUUUCAAACCACAGAUUUAAAGCUAAACCAAAGUUUUUUUGAAAAUCGUGUUUAAAAUGCACUACGUAAUAAUGAGAAAUAAACGUUGAAACAGUAAAAAUA